GGAUCCGGCGACUCUCCCGUGGCGCCGUCCGGGGCGCCCGCUGCCUCCCGCAGGUCACCGGGUCCCGCGCCACACCUGUCCGCUCCUCCUGGAGGCCCCGGCGUCGCUGCUGCCGGCCCCUCGGCGCGGGGCCCUGUGUCCGCCGUCGCUUUGAUCCCGGGGGCCCCGCUGGAUAAAAGUCCCGGGCGGCUCCGCGCCAGCGCCAGAGGGGAGCGCAGCCGAGCCGGCGUCCCAGCGGGCUGGCGCAGGGCGAGCUACGCCGAGGAGCCGGGGCCGCGGGGCCGGCCGCGGUGGCCGCGGGCCCGAGCGGCGCGGCCAUGGGCCGAGGGGUGCGCGUGCUACUGCUGCUGGGCCUGCUGCACUGGGCCGGCGGCGGCGAGGGCAGGAAGACCUGGCGGCGCCGCGGUCAACAGCCGCCCCCGCCGCCGCCCCCGCCUCGUGUCGAGGCCGCCCCCGCGGCCGGGCAGGCGGUGGAGAGCUUCCCGCUGGACUUCACGGCCGUGGAGGGCAACAUGGACAGCUUCAUGGCGCAGGUCAAAAGCCUGGCUCAGUCCCUGUACCCCUGCUCGGCUCAGCAGCUCAACGAGGACCUGCGCCUGCACCUCUUGCUCAACACGUCGGUGACCUGCAACGACGGCAGCCCGGCCGGCUACUACCUGAAGGAAUCCAAGGGCAGUCGGCGGUGGCUCCUUUUUCUGGAAGGUGGUUGGUACUGCUUCAACAGGGAGAACUGCGACUCCCGCUACGACACCAUGCGGCGCCUCAUGAGCUCCAGAGACUGGCCGCGCACCCGCACAGGCACCGGGAUCCUGUCCUCCCAGCCUGAGGAAAACCCCCACUGGUGGAAUGCCAACAUGGUCUUCAUCCCUUACUGCUCCAGCGAUGUCUGGAGCGGGGCUUCAUCCAAGUCUGAAAAGAACGAGUAUGCCUUCAUGGGUGCCCUCAUCAUCCAGGAGGUGGUCCGAGAGCUCCUGGGCAAAGGGCUGAGUGGGGCCAAGGUGCUGCUGCUGGCAGGGAGCAGCGCGGGGGGCACAGGGGUGCUGCUGAACGUGGACCGGGUGGCCGAGCAGCUGGAGGAGCUGGGCUACCCAGCCAUCCAGGUGCGGGGCCUGGCGGACUCGGGCUGGUUCCUGGACAACAAGCAGUACCGCGGCACAGACUGCGUCGACACGGUCACUUGCGCGCCCACGGAGGCCAUCCGCCGCGGCAUCAGGUACUGGAACGGGGUGGUCCCAGAGCGCUGUCGGCACCAGUUCAAGGACGGCGAAGAGUGGAACUGCUUCUUCGGCUACAAAGUCUACCCGACACUGCGCUGCCCGGUGUUUGUGGUGCAGUGGCUGUUUGAUGAGGCCCAGCUCACCGUUGACAACGUCCAUCUCACGGGGCAACCUGUGCAGGAGGGCCAGUGGCUCUACAUCCAGAACCUGGGCCGCGAGCUGCGGAACACGCUCAAGGACGUGCCGGCCAGCUUCGCCCCUGCCUGCCUGUCCCAUGAGAUCAUCAUCCGAAGCCACUGGACGGACGUGCAGGUGAAGGGGACCUCGCUGCCCCGGGCACUGCACUGUUGGGACAGAAGCUUGCACGACAGCCACAAGGCCAGCAAAGCACCCCUGAAGGGCUGCCCGGUCCACCUGGUGGACAGCUGCCCUUGGCCCCACUGCAACCCCUCCUGCCCCACUAUCCGGGACCAGUUCACGGGGCAGGAGAUGAACGUGGCGCAGUUCCUCAUGCACAUGGGGUUUGACGUGCAGGCCGUGGCGCAGCAGCAGGGUCUGGAGCCCAGUAAACUGCUAGGCAUGCUGAGCACGGGGACCUAGGCUCCGGGCCGGCUGUCCCUGCUGCCGCAUUCACUGCCUCCCACCACUGCCUGCGGGAAGCCCCGCUGAGCCGGGGUCCUGGGUCCCGCCGCCCCCCAGCCCCCCACCCGGCCUCUCCUGGCCUUUUGUAUUAUUUUAUAAAGUCAUUUUUUUAUUACUUUAAU